AUGGUCAAAAAGCAGCAGCCGAUCUUCCGGUGUCUAUGCUUCGAUGACUGGCUCGCAUGUGCGGAGGUUUGUUGCUCGUGGCAGUGUGUUGUCCAGGCAAGCUCACUUUGGAGUCAGAUCGACUUCUCCACAAGCAGAGAGCAAGUUUCAGACCGUACGGUGAAGUGGGUUCUGCAGACUUACGCCCUGUUUGUGGUCCAUCUCAGUGUGCGUGGAUGUACGUCCUUAUCAAUGGACAGUUUGAACUUCAUCAGUUACUGUCGGAAUCUCCAGGAGCUGAACAUGUCAGGGUGUAGCCACGCCACAGACUUCAUGAUUCGUAAAAUCAUCAAGGGCUGCCCAUGGCUGCUCUACCUGAACAUUUCUGGAACAAGUGUUACAAAUAAAACCAUUCAAGAACUAUCCAGAACCUGCCUGAACCUCCUGUACCUCAGCCUGGCCUGCUGCUGCACAUUCUCAGACGAAGCUUUCAUUUACCUGAACACAGAAAAAGGCUUCCCCAAUCUCAUCCACCUCAACCUCUCAGGCUGUAUUCAGAUGACAGUGAGCGGGUUCAAAUGUGUCUCGGCAAGAUGCCCGGCGCUCAAGGAGAUUGUUCUGGACGACAUGCCCACAUUGUCAAACAGCUGCAUCCAGGCACUAGCCAGCACACGCCGCUGUCUCGCUGCCAUCUCUCUGUUGGGGUCUUCUCAUCUCUCUGACGAUGGCGUCAUCGCUGUUGCAAACGCUUCCAAACUGAAGAGGUUCACUAUUCAGGGGAACUACCAAAUAUCAGAUGUCGGCUGGAAGACUCUGUGCGUUGCUUCACCGGAGCUCUGCAGACUUCACGCAGCGGAAUGUCCCAGGAUGACCGACGCCAGCCUCAAGUCCGUGGCCGCCCUUAAGAAUCUGCAAUACCUGGACGUCUCUUACUGUCACAAUUUGAGUGACCAAGGGAUCAGUCACCUGGCUGAUGGUUCUUCGGCUUCCAAACUUAAAGAGCUGAAUGUGAGUCACUGCGGUGUGAUCACGGAUGAGGGUGUCAGGAGGAUUGCUCAAAGGCUUGUCGAGCUCCGACGUCUCAACCUGAGCUACUGUGACAGGCUGAGUGACGCGGCUCUGGCAGGACUGAGUGGAAGUUCUCUCCACUCUCUGGAUGUCAGUGGCUGCAACAUUCACGAUCAGGGACUGGCUGCUCUGGAGAAAAUCCCCAUAAAGACUCUGAUCCUCGCCGAUUGCAUCAACAUCACAGACGAUGGCAUUGAGGUGCUUUGCCAACAUGUGAGACAUCUGGAGCAUGUGGAUGUGUCUCACUGUACGUCCCUGUCUGACACCUCCGUCAGAGCUUUGUCGUUUUAUUGCCCCGGUCUGGUGGCGCUGCGGGUGUCAGGAUGCCUGAAGCUGACAGACAUGGCUGUGCAGUAUCUCACAAGUGGAGCUCAGUACGUGCGAGAGUUGGACGUGAGCGGCUGCGUUCUCCUCACAAGCAGAUCUGUGCGACUCUUGCUGAAGAUCUGUCCUCCGCUGAGCUCCGUCACCAUGACCUGCUGCUCCGGCAUCUCCGGGUUUUCAGCAUCACAGUUGAAGCCACAUGUGCAGCAUUGGCAGCACAGCAGUGACGAUCCAACCCCGUCCUUUUGAUCUGGAUCCAGACGAGACGACUCAUUUCUGACUUUGUUGCUGCACUACACAUGCUCACACAUUGUCCUUGUGAGGCUGAGGAAAGACAACUUCCUCUGCGGCACAUUAUAAAGCUUGCUCCAAAGCUAGCAAAGCUAAACUAUUGAGGGUUUUCACUUUGUGUCUCUUUGGUGUGGAAGCCAGAGAACUUCUGCUCUACUCCACACAGGUCAGGUCUAGACUGGGCUUCAAAUGUUGACGCCCACUGAGAGGUGUCAAACAGAUUUGGCCUGCCGUGACUGGCUGAAGCCGCUGAACCCAUUAUUUGGCCUGACUUUGGGACCCACCAUCACCCCUGAAUGAGAAGGUGUGAUCCAAACUGAUGACAAAACAUAUCUCUAUCAAAAAUAUAAUAAGUUCAUUUUGAAGCGGGUGUGCAUCCAUACAAAUAUAACUUUAAUUUUAGAUCAAUUUAAUGUCUUUUUUUGCCCACAGGAAUAGACCCAAUAACCACAGAGAAGAAGACCCACUUUUUGGUUUCAGUGGUUUAAAGUCUCAUAACACAGAAAAAAGACCUUUACUUUACAUUUUUGUUGAAAAAACAUGUUUAUUGUUGAUGUAUCUUGCAGUAAA